AUGUCUGGCAUUAACGUCCUCCUGAUCCACGGCCCCAACCUCAACUUGCUCGGCAGCCGCGAGCCCGAGAAAUAUGGAUCCACUACCCUGGCCGACAUUGAGAGCACCGCAGCUGCAGCAGCCAAGGAGGCUGGCGGCUCGCUCGUCGCUUUCCAGAGCAACCACGAAGGUGCCCUCCUGGACCGCAUCCACGCUGCCAGGUCGGAGGGCAUUGACGCUAUUAUCAUCAACGCAGGCGCCUACACUCACACCUCUGUCGCUCUGCAGGAUGCCUUGACCGGCGUCGAGAUCCCCUUCAUCGAGUUCCACAUCACCAACGUCCACGCCCGCGAGCCCUUCCGCCACCACUCGUACCUGUCGUCCAAGGCUGCUGCCGUCGUCUGUGGCCUGGGUGUGGCUGGAUACCCCCUCAUUGUCUCACAUGUGUGCAAGACAUACAAGAAGAAGGCCGCCAAGGCAUAA